AUGCCUUUGCUUAGCCUGGCAAAUGAAUUGUUACAGCUGAUAGCAGAAUUCCUGGACACAGAGGAAGACAUUAACUCCUAUACCCAAACAAACUGCCGGCUGUACGUUCUCCUAAAUCCCUAUCUCUAUCGGCAUACAAUUAAACACUUUGGCGGUUCAGCAUUACUAUGGGCCGUGAAACACGGAAAGGGGUUGGCAGCCGCAAAGCUACUGGAACUCGGUUCUGACAUGGAAUCCACGAAUACUCACGGGCAGACGUGUUUGUCGUUAGCCGCAGGGCUGGGGCACGAGGAACUGGUGAAGUUAUUGCUUGCGAGGUACAACAUUUGCAUAGAUGCUAGAGACCUUAACGGCCAGAUAUCACUAUCAAGAGCAGCAGAAUAUGGGCAUGAAAACAUUGUGAACCUACUUCUUGCUACGGGAGGCGUCAAUCCUGCCUCUAUAGAUGUUGAUGGUCGGACGCCCUUAUUUUUUGCCGCAGAGAGGGGGCACGAGGCAAUAGUGAAAGUACUGCUCUCCACAGAAGGCGUCAAUGCAAAUUACAAGGACAAUAAUGGAUAUACUCCGCUAACGUUGGCAGCAGGGAGUGGGCACACAGAGGUGGUAAAGAUGCUACUUAGUAUAGGAAAUAUCGACCUCAAUCCCGAUGACUACUUCCAUGGCCGAACGCCUAUAUCCUGGGCGGCAGGACGAGGAUGUACUGAUGUGGUUCAGAUGCUGGUCGCUACGAAGGGUGUUAGCUUGGAAUUUGAGGAUCAUGAGGGUCAGACCCCGCUAGCUUUGGCUGUAAGAUAUGGGCAUGAAGCAGUGGCGAAGAUCCUGCAAAGUCUUCGGGGAUAG